UACGGGGCGUUAUCAGAAGUUAUUUCGAAUUGGUCCACACAGGAGAUUGCUUCAGCACGUCCGCCUUAUUCACGUUGUGACGUCGCGGUGGCCCGUCUGCAGAACUGUGCGGAGCGCGAGACAUGGCGAACAUUCGCAGUAUCAAGGGUAUGGUUGGCCUGGUAACAGGCGGCGCUUCGGGUCUGGGCCGGGCCACAGUGGAGCGGUUAGUACAGCAGGGGGCGUGUGCGGUUGUUUUAGACCUGCCGUCCUCAGACGGACAUGCCCUCGCCUCCAGUCUUGGAGAACGCUGUGCCUUUGCCCCUGCUGAUGUGACAUCGGAGGCAGACGUGCGUUCUGCUGUGGAGCUGGCCCGUCAGCGCUUUGGUAAACUGGACCUGGCCGUAAACUGUGCUGGUAUCGCUGUAGCUGUCAAGACAUAUAACUUCAAGAAGGAUGUUCCCCACAGCCUGGAAGACUUCAUCAGAGUCAUCACUGUGAACAUUGCAGGGACCUUCAACGUCAUCCGUUUGGCUGUGGGGGAGAUGGGGAAGAACCAACCAGACUCCGAUGGGCACAGAGGCUGCAUCAUCAACACUGCUAGUGUGGCAGCCUAUGAUGGACAGGUGGGCCAGGCAGCCUACUCUGCAUCUAAAGGAGGCAUCGUAGGAAUGACCCUCCCCAUCGCCAGAGACUUGGCUCCCAUGGGCAUCAGAGUGGUCACCAUAGCACCCGGUCUGUUUGCUACACCUCUCCUGGCUGGCCUACCUGAGAAGGUUCAGUCCUUCCUGGCGCGGCAGGUGCCCUUCCCGUCCCGCCUGGGAGACCCCGCUGAGUUUGCCCACCUAGUUACAUCACUGGCUGAGAACCCCAUGAUCAAUGGAGAAGUGAUCAGACUGGAUGGUGCGAUCCGUAUGCAGCCUUGAUGCGCGUGCACGUGUGUGUGUGCGUGGUGUGUGUGUGUGUGUGUGUGUGCGUGCGCGCGCGUGUCUGUACACUGCAGUACUUUGUUUUGUGAACUAAUAAAUAUUUUGAACCUCA